CCCGCAUUACAUGAACCGAUACAAAUGUUCAAGAGCCAGUAACAAAUAAUGCAGUGUAUAUACAAUGGUAUAAGGGAAAACACAUCGUUCAGGAUAAUUCAGCAUGACAAGACAAUGACAAAGAAGAGAUGUCUUUGAGAUUUCGGAGUUGAUCCAUGAUGAGCUCCGACAAUAGAACUACCCCAUAAAUCGAGUGCACAACCCGCUGCGCAGUGGGCCCUCGCCAUGUACAGCCUGUACCACUGAAAUGGCAACCCUGCAGAGCAGCCCGCUCACUGCAACUUAGUGCCACUCUCCCCCACAUCCCACUGUUCUGACUGAGACUGUACCUGACCCGACAUCUCGGAGCUCUCCACCCCACUUUCGGACCCAUUAAGGAGAUACAAAAUACUCCUGCUACAAUCUCAUACCUUCAUAAAUUCCUUGAAGCUCCCCAAAAUUAGCAUCCUUCAGAUCGCUAAAUUUUUCAACAUGGCAUCUUCAAAAUCCGGCACAGCGAAAGCCCGCCUCGCAGCCAUCCAGAAAACCCUCACACGUCCAUCUCUAAAAUCGACAUCAGAAAACCCACCCUUCCCGUACCCAGUAGCAAAUGCCACCAUUCCAUUCUGGCGAACACAACUUCAUCCUCUGGAUUCUCAUCGAAGUACGCCUGAAUUGCCUGAGAAAUGUGAAAUCGUUGUUAUAGGUGCGGGGUACACAGGUGCUUCAAUGGUGCACUAUUUACUGGACGAGAAUGACGCUGCAGGGAAAUCGAUUGUGAUUUUGGAGGCCAGAGAGGCUUGCUCAGGAGCUACCGGGAGAAAUGGGGGUCAUUUGAAGCCUGAUGUCUAUUUCAACAUCCCUAAAUAUAAGAAGAUGUUUGGUGACGAGAUGGCCACAGAAAUCGCCAAGUUUGAAUCAUCACAAGUCUUCGCAGUAAAAGAUCUCGUCGAGAGAGAGAACAUCGAUUGCGAAUUCCACUUGACUAGAGCCGUAGACACCUGCCUAGACCAAGCACAUGCAGAUAAGUGUAAAGCCGAGUUUGAUCAAUUGAUUGCAAGCGGAGAGCCUUCUACGCGGGAUGUACACUAUGCAGCAGGGAAAAAUGCUGAAGCAUUAUCGGGUGUAAUUGGAGCGAAAGGGGCAUUCAGUUUCACGGCCGGACAUAUUUGGCCAUACAAGAUGGUGAUGCACCUUCUCCAACGAGCCGUUGGCCGGGGCGUCAAUCUGCAGACCAAUACACCCGUUCUCUCCAUUUCAGAAACACCAUCGAAAGAUGGAUUCUACUCUGUGAGAACGCAGCGAGGGAUCCUCCUAGCAAAGACUGUUGUUCUGGCCACCAAUGCGUACACCUCUUCCCUUGCUCCAGAAUAUUCUUCCAGGAUUAUUCCAGUACGGGGAAUAUGCACUCGUAUCAGCGUUCCAGAAGGUACCACAGCCCCUUAUCUGCCGAAUACACACAGUAUAAGGCACGGUCCAGGAUUGUAUGAUUAUCAGAUCCCACGCACAGAUGGCAGUAUUAUCGUAGGUGGAGGCCGAAAGAUGUUUUGGGAUGAUACGAAGCAGUGGUAUAAUAUCACUGAUGACGCGACGUUGAUUGAGCCAGCCGUUGACUACUUCAAGGACGAUAUGAUGCAGAAAACGUAUCGAGGAUGGGAAAAUUCGGGCGCGAAGCUGGAUAUGGCAUGGACGGGCAUCAUGGGAUACACGACUGAUCUGAUGCCACAUGUUGGUUCGAUACCAGGCAAGCCAAAUCAAUUUGUUUGUGCAGGAUUCAAUGGUCAUGGAAUGCCUUUGAUAUUGCUAGCUGCCCAAGGAGUCGCUAAGAUGAUUCGAGAGGGUUGUGAUUUCAGAGAAACCGGGAUUCCUGCUGUGUUUCAGACGACAGAGACUCGGCUGAAAGAUGCUUCGAAUGCCAUACUGGAAUCAAAGCCUCAAUAGAAUGAAACCCGAGAUGCGAAUGUUGUACUCUUGACAUCGGUUUCUCGAUGAGGACGGUAUGGCAAGGUGGAUCAAAAGGUUUCAUAAGUGAAGGUAUCAAGAUGUUCCGGGAAUUUUCCCUUUUCAGAAUCUCGAAAUCCCUUUAGCCCUAACUUUGGAGAGCGCUCUCGUGGUUUAUCUGGACUUUCUCUGAAGAAGUGCACAAUUGAGCGUUGAAGCACUGGCGACAUCACUGCAAGACCAUCGCCAUGCUCAACACAGUCCAUAAUCUUGACCUUCAAGGUUUUGAUCCCCUUCAUUUCCAACUGAGACAGAGCCUUUUCCCAGUGCGACGGAACCGGCUUGAAAUCGUAUGAAGCAAUAUAGGCUGGAUCCUGAAUACACGCCAUAUCCUGGUAGAUGAACAUCCUGAUCUUCAGUACGCGAACUAAGUCCUUGUUUCGGCUACCGACUUGUUGUUGGAAUCGAAGAAGCUCUCCCGGUCCAGUAACGGAGAGUUCGUUUUUGGAAUAGAGAAUCUCGGCGGCUUCUUGACUGAUCUGCCUGUUCAGGUACAGCAAACUGGGGGUGGCAGGCUUUCGACGGUCGUCAUCCAAACUGAGAUGUUGAAGUUCUUGUGGCUCAAUCCUGAUCGGUUUUUCUGCUUGAAGCGCCAAAAGAUAGAUUUGGUCACGUAUCUCACGAGGAAGUUGCAAGAAUGGAAACGGACUUUUGUUGUGUCCUAGGAGAUUGGUGGCUGCAUCGAGAGCUUCUUUAGUGCGGAUGUAUUUUCUUUCCAUGGAGCAGAGGGCACGUCGAAGUCUCUCGUUCGACUCCUUUAGAGACUGAAUGUCAUUGUCACCAGGUUCAAGCUGCCAGACAGGAGUGUCCAUGUUGUGAUUUUUGGUGGGAGAUCGACCUGGCCUCGAAGCACUGGUGAAUUUUCGGAAUUUAUGUAAGUUGCAGCAAGCUGGAGAGAUCCAAAAGACGUUGACGUGAUACGAGCUCGUCAGAAUGAUGCAAUUGUGACAAGUCACUCGCGAGUUGUGAAGGUGACAAACUCGUUGUCAUUGUCACCAGCCAGGUGAUUCAUGUCCCAAUAAGGUUAGUGCGGGGCAGUCGCCAAAACCUCGGGUACAGUAAAUCUCCUGGAAACUCUUCUGGACUGCGGCUUGUCAGGUUGUGAAUCGGUGGAUAUUUGCGCAUUUGCGCAUCUGCUCAUAUUACGGCUUUGUAAACUUUCUUGAUGAAUUGAAUGCUCUAACUAACUAUGCCUCGAUCACCGGAUAGACUGGUCUUGAAUCAUAACCAGCUCAUGGCGCAAAGAAUAUACACAUCAGCAAGUGAUGCCCAACGGAGAUGAUAUACAAAGAUGCCUCCAGGCCCCUUCCGAGUCGAAGGCUUAACCUGUGAGCCACUUGUGUACAUCUGGGAUCCGUGAUACUCCCAUGGUAGCCCCAUAGGAAUGGUGGAGAAUAAUUCAGUUGAGUGCGGGGAAAUCAUGGAGGGCAAAUGCCGGCUAUGAGGCCCGCUGCUAUGUGUAUACUUUGUCCUUCUUCAGAGCGGAAGACGCCAUACCGAAGAAAUCCUUCCCCGUUUCUACUCCACAAUCCGUCAAAAGAAACGGAAGCCGGGAAGACUUUAACCCCUGCAGUUUCAAUUGGCCCAGAUCGUUGUUUCUGCCCUUUCUAGG